UUUAUUGGAGUCAGUUUUCCAUGAGCAGGGGCGGAGCUUUUGCCAACCUUCCUCUCUCCCUUUCUAGAAUCAGAUUCACGACCACAAACGCGCGGCCAGCUCUGCCAGAUUACGAAUCACGAAUCGCUCUUCUGCUCGGGCCUGCGGCCCCCUCUGCCUGACUGCCUCCGUGGCGGUGGCUGUUCGUCUCUCUUGCCUCUCUGUUCACCUCUCUAUUUUAUAAGGUUCAGAUGUUUUUAUGUCGGCCACCCCAAAGUUAUCGGUCAAGCUCCGCCACUGUCCUUGUAAAAAAAAUUGCCACGUCAACAUUUUGAAGGAAGUUUGGAGGAAUAGGGUAAGAAGGGAUGGCUCGAGAUGAGAGCGUUGUCCCUGCGGACCCACAGGCUAUGGUUGUUGUGAAAAAGAAGACACAAACUUCGAGAAGUUGGAUUUUGAUUGAUGCUAUGGGUCAAGGGUCGAUGCUUGAUGUUGACAAGUAUGCUAUCAUGCACAGGGUUCAGAUUAAUGCACGUGAUCUUAGAAUCCUUGAUCCUUUGCUUUCUUACCCUUCUACCAUUCUUGGUCGUGAGAAGGCUAUUGUGCUUAACUUGGAGCAUAUCAAGGCAAUUAUCACAGCUGAAGAGGUAUUGCUGCGAGAUCCGACAGAUGAAAAUGUGGUCCCUGUUGUUGAAGAACUGCAGAGGCGAUUGCCUAAACUGAGUGACAUUCAUCAACAACAAGGAGAUGGUAAAGAGUAUAUUGGUGGUCAACACGAUGCUGAAGCUGCUGAUGAAGAUGAGUCACCGUUUGAGUUCCGCGCCCUGGAGGUUGCUUUAGAAGCCAUUUGUAGUUUUCUUGCUGCACGUACAUAUGAGUUGGAGCUGAUUGCUUAUCCUGCAUUAGACGAACUUACCUCCAAGAUUAGUAGUCGUAAUUUGGACAGAGUUCGUAAAAUGAAGAGUGCAAUGACAAGGCUGAAUGCUCGGGUACAAAAGGUCAGAGAUGAGCUCGAACAAUUGCUGGAUGACGACGAUGAUAUGGCUGACCUAUACCUGUCGAGAAAGGCAGGUUCAGUGUCACCAGUUAGUGGAUCAGGUGCUGCAAAUUGGUUUGCUACCUCCCCAACCAAUGGAUCAAAAAUAUCCAGAGCAAGUAGAGCAAGUAUUGCAACAGCUCGUUUUGAUGAAAAUGAUGUGGAAGAGCUUGAAAUGUUAUUGGAGGCUUAUUUCAUGCAAAUUGAUAGCACAUUAAACAAAUUAAACACACUGCGAGAGUAUAUUGAUGAUACCGAAGAUUACAUUAACAUUCAACUUGACAACCAUCGAAAUCAGCUUAUUCAGUUAGAGCUCUUUCUUAGCUCUGGAACUGUUUGCCUAUCUUUCUACUCUCUGGUGGCUGGUAUUUUUGGAAUGAACAUCCCAUACAGUUGGAAUGACAACCAUGGUUACAUGUUCAAAUGGGUAGUUAUUGUCUCAGGAGCAUUUUCAGCUAUUAUGUUUCUCAUGAUUACCAUCUAUGCUCGCAAAAAGGGGCUGAUUGGAUCAUGAAAAUCAAUAUGUUGGAAAGGUGCAGAGAAUGAACUUUACAUAUGGUCCAGAAUGAUGAUUCAAGAUCUUGUCAAUUUAUUUAAGAUUACAUUAAAGGGUAUAUAAUGCAAGCUUUUAGUUCUUAGGGUUGAUACAGAGUUGGUGUUAGCCUGGCAGGUCUGCAAUAACCUCAAAUAUACAGAUCCAGAGUUGAUUUUUGUUUUGAAUAAUUUUAAGGCCUUGAUAUGUGAUUAAAUUAAGUUGAAUAUAUUAUUAAUCUUUAUACGCUAUUUUUUUGUAGUUAAUAUAAUGAUAUUUUUCUUUUGUUAA